AUGACAGUACACAAGAAGUCUAAGGGUAGAAAUGCCAUACUAAAUUCUAAUAGUGAAACACUGGAGAUGACUGAACUGACGGAAAAAAUAGAAAAUAACUGGAAUGAUCAUGACAGUGCCACAGAUGUUAACGAGUCAAAUCGAUUGAGAAUUAAGUUUUAUCCGUUUGCGUAUGCUUUAUUCAACGAGUUUCUGACUGGACACUGUUGGUACUGCCUUGCAGAAUCAUCAGCUUUAAAGAGAUGCACAGGUUGUAGUUGCGCUUAUUUUUGCAACCAUGACUGUCAGCUGCUCGGCUGGAAGGACCAUCGGGUUGAGUGCAAAGGUCUUAAAAAUUCUCUUAGUGUUCCUAACAUAGAAGUUCGUUUGUUAGGAAGGAUUGUUGUGAGGUUUAAGGCAAUCAAAGAUGGAAAGGAUAAAGCGGUUCCAAAUUUUUAUUUGGAUAGGACUUCAAAACGUACUUUGAUGGAAAUAUGGGCCCAUACCGAUAAGAUUCGUCAAGAUGCUUUAGCAAUGAAAAAAUUUCAAGAAAUUUACGAGAAAUUGGUCAAUUUUUAUGGGAAGAAACAUUUACUAAGCAAGGAGGAAGUUUUCGAACUUCAUUGUCGUGACUUUAUUAACAGGCACGCGAUCAAUGAUAGAGCAUAUCUACAAGAAAUUGGUAAGGGACUCUACUUGGAUUUGUGUGCAUAUGAUCAUAGUUGUCGUCCAAAUUGUAUCUACACCUGUAAUGGCUUCGUAGCAACUUUACGAGCUCUCGAUACUAACGUAAACCUUUAUGACAGGAGCAAAACUUUCUACUCUUAUAUUGAACUUUUAAGUUCCAAACAGCAAAGACAUAAAUUGUUGAAGGAUACGUGGUAUUUUGAUUGUUGUUGUGAAAGGUGCACCGAUCCUGAAGACGACAUUCUUACAUCUAUGUUGUGUCCGAAUUGCCCUAGUGAUCCUGAAACUCUUCAAAUCUUUGGACCAGUUCCAUAUAAGGAUCCAGUUACUCAAAUGAUAACUUGUCCAAAAUGUCAUAAUGUUGUUCCACAAGACAAAGUAAUGGAAGCUCUUAGCAUAAUGAGAGAUAUUGGAAGAAUUGUGGAUAAUGAUGAAGUUCAACAGAUGCCAAGCAGCGAAAGAGUACCUUUUUUGAAGGACUUGCUUAGUAAAUCCAGUCGAGUUCUACCUCCCAUCAAUGUUUACCUUUGUAAAAUUGUCCAAGCCCUUAUUCUCUUAACGGAUUCAUCCGACUAUAAGACAUUGCUAGAAACUCAUUUAUUAUCGGAGAAGUGUGUUCGCUUCUGUCUACCGCCGAAUCAUCCUGCUGUUGCUUUUCACCUUCGGAACAUUGGCAUUUUUUACUCGAGAUGUAAUCAGCCUCAUAGGGCUCAAUUCUAUCUGGAAAUGGCACAAGAAAUACUAGACUUUACAUUGGAUUCAGAUCAUCCAUUGUCAGCUGAGAAUCGGAUUCUUCUUGAAGAGACUGGAGAAGAAGUCCGUAAAGCACGACGUAUCGUGUUGGGUGAUUCAGUCGAAGCGCAACCUAAGAUCGAAGAGAAUGUGAAGUAUAAUUUAGCUGGUGAAGGAGAUGUUGAACUUAGAGAAAACGCGACUAAAGUAUAG